GAAGACAAGUUUUGUCAGGUGAGCUAAUUUCAUUGUUUGCAGUUUGCGUCUAGAUUUUCUUUUUGCGGGAGUUUAGUGCGCAUACGCCCUGCAUUUAUUUUCAUUUAUUGACGUUACACUAUUUCAAACCACAUGGAUGAGAACAUGUAUUUAAUACUAACGGAAAAAUAUUGAAGUAUAUUAGAGUCGAAUGAGCGAUGUUACGUGCGGCAAUAUUGUUGCUGUGCAUAGGAGCACUUACAGCACAAUUUAAGAAACGUUUUGAGUUUGAAAAUGUUUUAUCCGGAAAGGGCACCAGACGAAUUCCAUGGCGCUCUGGGGCAUCAAAUUUAGCCUCGCUACACAUGUUCAAGGGCGAUAUCAUUGUUGUGAAUUUGUGUCUACCGGAAGCAACGUCCGUCACUGUUAAUGACCUUAUAUACUCCAAUGACGGUGAAAGCGACAGACUGGAGGUGUUUCUGGACAAUGCAAGUAUUGGAAUUGUGAACACGGAGGCAAACAGUGGUGGGUUCGGGCGAUUCUGGGAUAUUUUCAAGUCGUCAGGGCAAGUAGCUGUGAGUCAGGAAUUGGUUCCCGGGAAGCAUAACCUUUCGAUAUCUAUACCAUCAGCGGACUGUUACGGCAGUGAAUUUGACGCUCUCGAAAUAUCUCUUAAUGUUAACGUCAGUGAAGAGCAAGUAUGGUGUGACUUUGAGCUGAUAUACGCUAAAAACCCGACACCUUGUGCUGUGGAAAUUGACAGCCCUCUAACCACAACUACAUAUACUCCCCCUACGGUGUUAAAUUCACAAUCUACUCUAGAACAAACAAGUUCAGAACGAACAACUUCAGCACAAACAACUUCAGCACAAACAACUUCAGACCGAACUACUAUACCUCCAACUAGUUCGGAAAAAACAACUUCAGAACGAACUUUAUCAGCACAAACAAACUCAGAACGAACAACUUCUUCAGCACAAACAACUUCAGAACGAACUACUUCAGCACAAACAACUUCACAACAAACUAAUUUACAGCUAACUACUUCGGAUCGAAAAACUUCGGAACAAAUAACUUCAGCACAAACAACUUCAAAACGAAUUACUCUAUCACCAACUACUUCGGAACGAACAAUUUCGGAACGAACUUCUUCAGCGCAAACAACUUCAGAACGAACUAAGUUACCGACAACUUCUUCUGAACGAACAUCUUCAGAACGCACAACUUCAGCACAAACAACUUCAGAACUAACUACUAUACUGCCAACUUCAGAACGGACUUCUUCAGCACAAGCAACUUCGGAACGAACAACUUCAUUCCAAACAACAUCAGAACGAACUAUUUUACUACCAACUACUUCAAAUCGAACAACUUUAGCACAAACAACUUUAGAACGAACUAGGUUUCCGCCAACUUCUUCGGAACGAACAACUUCGAAACGAACAACUUCAGCACAAACAACUUCAGCACAAGCAACUUCAAAACGAAUUACUCUAUCACCAACUACUUCGGAACGAACAAUUACGGAACGAACUUCUUCAGCGCAAACAACUUCAGAACGAACUAAGUUACCGACAACUUCUUCUGAACGAACAUCUUCAGAACGCACAACUUUAGCACAAACAACUUCAGAACUAACUACUAUACUGCCAACUUCAGAACGGACUUCUUCAGCACAAGCAACAUCGGAACGAACAACUUCAUUCCAAACAACAUCAGAACGAACUAUUUUACUACCAACUACUUCAAAUCGAACAACUUUAGCACAAACAACUUUAGAACGAACUAGGUUUCCGCCAACUUCUUCGGAACGAACAACUUCGAAACGAACAACUUCAGCACAAACAACUUCAUUACAAACUGCUUCACCACAAAGUACCUCAGAACGAACUUUUUCACCACAGACUACAUUACCGAAAAAAACAUCAUCACAAACUACUGCAGAACAAACAACGCCUGCACAAACCACAUCAGCAAUUUCUUCCCCGCAAACAAAUUCUUUAACACCAACUACUUCCAUAAGAAUUUCAACCAAGUCGUUGGUCACACAAUCUUUAACAACUUCUGCACCUAUAACCUCUUCUACGACGGAAGUAGCGACUGAACAGACCACAACUCCGAAUCCGGUUCCUUGUCAACAGCUUAGUUACGAAACCUUAUGUAUAGACAAGACAAAUGUCAACAUAAUGUUCAAUCCGUCGGUGUUCCGCAAUACAAAGAUAAUCGCACGAGAAGUACUGGAGGAAAUACCAAAACGUCAAAGAACAAGAGGUGGAGGUCGGGUUCCAGGAGAUAAAAACGAAAAUAAAGAUCGUGGAAAUCGCCGAUCAAAAAGGUCGACCACAGGUUUAGUGUGUGAUAAUUCGAUUUGGAUAAUAGGUGUUCCGGAUGAGGGCAAUAAGGAACUUGGUCCUCUCAGUAAACUUUCCAAUAUUAACUAUCUUGUUGACGGGAAAAAGGACCACAGUACGUUCCCUGGUACAAUCGAUCCUCGAGUCACAAAUGAGAUAUUAAUCAAGUACAAAAUACCCAGGACAUAUAACAUCAAAAGAGGAAAGAUCGACUUUACACUUGGAUUGGUGAAUAUUUCUGAUAGUGUUUCUAUCGGGCUGCAUUACUAUAACAGGGCAAAGAAAAUGCCUUCAGACGUUGAAUUUAUGACAUUCCACCCUACUACACUUACACAGGAGUGGUUAUUUCCAGCUAGAGCGGUUUCUCCGUCGCUUCAGAAUGAACUCAAACUGGUGACUGACCAAUCGUCAACGACUCCUUUCAAGAUCGACUUCCUACAACUGCGCUACCAGAAGCGAGACUGGCCAACAACGAACACACUUCUUUCCAGCACGCCAAACGUGCGUGUGCGUGGACGACGAUACAGACACCGACCGGGAAAGCCCUGGCCUGAACAUCAUGGAAUGGGAGUAACAGUUGACGGUUCCUCGAAAUCAGAUCGUUUCAAAAAAAUCAUGAUUUACAAACUCCCAUACAGUUUGCUCUUUACUGUUUUUGAUAACGGGGAAAUAUUCGUCAAUCACGAAACAAGAAGAGGACGCCGACAAAAUAUGGUCAACAGGAAUAAGGAUCGGAUAUCGGAUGUUUCCGGCUUUACACUCGGAAGAAAAGAACAUCACAUAACUCUCUUAAACAUUGACACAAGCAAGAAUGAAGUACAUGUAACACUAGAGGAAGGAAAAUACGCAAAAUUUCAUCUCUCAUAUACAAAGACUGAGACAACUUUAACUGUGUUAGACACCAACAUGGAUUCCGGACCACUGUCAUUCUUUUCCACGUAUAUAUCGCACGCAUCGUCCGCAGUGACGCAUAUGAUGAUUGACGGUGGCACCACCUUGCCGGUGAUGGACCCCUUGGUAAACAACACGUUUGGGAAAUCGUUUACUUUUUUGAAGAAUAAUGAUGACAAUAAGUUUGAUGUCAACGAUAACCUUGAAUUUGUGUUCCCCUAGACGAUUAUCUCAGUACUUUAUUUUUUACUGUUUAUUCAAGAGGUUGAUUUAGCCGACAUUUGUAAACUCUGACUUUUUUAAAUACGUAAGCAUACAAAAGCGAUAUAAGCAGAUUUUUGGUGAACCACAGCAAACACUGAUAUCUUUCUUUUACUAGUCGUUUUGGAAAUAAUCAUGCAGACCAAAACCAAUUGUUUUACCAAAUUUAUCUUUUUGGAACUGCUAAAAUAUAACAGUCCGUUUAUUGGAUCAUAAAAGCAACAAUGUCACAUGUAAUGAAGAAAUAGAUAUUUAUAGUAUCUAUUGAAUGCACAUUAGGUUUUAUAAAGUCAUUCAAAAAUCGAUAAUUGACAUGUUUUGUUCGUAAGCAUGUUUUUAAAGCAAUCAGAUAGUAAUAUAAAUUAUUCAAUAUAUGUGUGGGCUUCAUUCUCCGGUCUUUUAUAAAUACAGUAACAUAUUUGACUUAAAACAAUAUUAACACAGUUGUAUUCUUUUUGGUGUAUCUUAUAUCCUAUUACAAUAUAUUUGAUGUCGUUAAACAUUUUAUUCAUACCAUAUUUUUUAAAUAAGGCAUUUAUCUUCGACCAAAAAUUGGGGUAUGAAGAGCAAUCGAUAAAAAAAUGUUGAUAAUCUUCAACUUUCUUGCAACACAUACACAGGGGACCGUCUCUCAAUUUCCGUGUAAAUGAAUUUAAGUUAGUCGCCACAAGAUUAUAUAAUAAUUUAAUUUUGAAUUGUUUAACUUUGUUGACUGUCAAGAAUAGAUUCAUGAACUAUAUAAUACCAUGAUUUCAACUCAAUACUUUCUUGUACACGUUGAAUUUAGGUACUGUGGAUAUACGUUUUUUUGAAAAUUUGCUGGACAAAGAGCUGAUAUAUUUCCUUAUUUGUCAGUUCGUUAAUCAGUUUGUUCCCAAACUUUAUUAAAAGUUUUGACUUAACAUUAGUAUUUAUUGAUUCGUUUGAUUUCACAGUUGUUUUUUCAUUGAAUCGGAUUGGCUUUUUUUAACUAUAUUUAUUUCCGCUAUCCAAUUAGUUUUGUUUUUAAGUUUAUUUAGGAUUAGAUUGGCGUCUAUACUGCCAGUAUUUAAAAGAAUGUCGUUUACGAAUAUUAAAUCCGAUUCAAUCCAAUUCUUAAACAGUAUGCUUUUAUUAUUAUGUUUUAUAAAUUUAUUGCCCCAGAUAAUUUUUCUAAUAUUAUAAAAAGUAUUGGGUAUUUUAGUUUGAUUGGCAGCCAGUUAUUUAAAAUGAAUCCACGUUGAAAGUAGUUGAUUAUAAAAUUUGGUUAGUUUAUAUGUGAUAGGUUGUAUAAAUUUGAUAGAGUCUAUGUUUCAAACCUAUAGUACGAUACAUUAUGUUGAGUUGUUGAAGUCAAAUUAGUAUAUUAUGAUGAGAUUAUAGUGGACAUAUAUUACAAUGAUUCAUUAAAACAUUAUGCUUGUGUGUAUCUUAAUGUAAUAAUAACAAUAAUAAGUUUGUGAUGACAAUUAGAACAUACAAAUAAAGGA